UGGAAUAGUGAAAUAGUGGUUAAAAAAAUCAAUUUUUUAAGGGAAAAAAUCACUCCCAAACGGGCUGGUAAUCUGUUAGAUUUGUUGUGCAUCAUGAAAACCUUAAAUGAGGCAUAUGCCUCAAACAACAUUUUUGGCAAUGGAGGAAGGCAUGGGUGUUCAAUGUGUUAUGGAUGCUCUACAAUGAGAAGUACAAUUCUAAGCAUUCCAUUUUAAGAAAGCAACCUUUACGGCUCUCCAAUCUAACUUCUCUGAAGGACAGUUACAUAGAACUUAUUAAAUUAUUGGUUCAUCUAGCAUGUAAUAUCCCGUGAAAGCACUUCUUGCAGAGUCCAAUAAUGUGAACUUUUCAUGCAAGAAAGUGGACCUAGCACGUACUAAAUUGCUUGUUAAAUUUUUAAUCCUGCCAUUGCCUAGUUCAUAUUUUGAGACCUACAUUUUUCUUAAUUCAGAUUAAUAUGUUUUAUUUCUCCCUUUAUUCUUGUGGAUGCACCCACUGUAUUUUUAAAGCUGGUGAAAGUGAUUUAUAUUUUCAUUUUAUGGGUGAAGAUUCAAUCUGGAGGACGAGAGCCUGCAGGUGGUAAUGGCCGCCAUCUGAUAAAUGGUGGAAUCUCUGAGAUUGAAAAAUUGUUAAAGCAGAAGACCUUCACUAGACCUGAGAUUGAACACUUGAGGGAGCUAUUGCAUUCAAAAGCUAUAGAAGUUUCAGUUAGUGAUGAUGGAUUAGUGACAGAUGAAUUAGCAAAGCCGCUGACGGAUGUUGAAAGGCUUCAACAAUAUUCUAGUGUUUCAUUGGAAAAAAAUAAAAUUGAGGAGGAUAGAUCUCAUGGAGUCAUAGCAACACCUAUAGUGAGUUCAAAAAAAUGUGUCUAGGUCCUUGAGGAAGAAAUUGCUUCUCCUGCUGAACUUGCAAAAGCUUACAUGGGCAGUAGGCCUUCAAAAUUAUCACCAUCAAUGUUGGGGAUGCGGAAUCAAGCUGUUACGGAAGGCUCAGGGUUGCUAAGUAGUGUACUUUUUACACCGAAACCGCCUAUCACGUCAUUAACAAUGAGGAAUGCUGUUAAUCCUGAGGUUCUUAAAUAUGGAUCUGUAACCCCAAGAUCUCGAGGCAGAUCACCAAUAUACAAUAUGGCUCGUACUCCAUAUUCCAGAGUUUAUUCAACUGACGUACAAAAGGGAACUGGAUCCGUUAAUUAUGGUAAUGGUGGGCCGUCAUCAUCAUCAUCAUCUCCAUUUGCAGUGGAGCAUUAUAGACGAUUUGGGCCUAACAAAUUGACUCUAAAACGCAGGAGUUCAAUAUUAGAUGAUGAUCUUGGUUCUGUUGGUCCCAUACGGAGAAUCAGACAGAAACCCAGUCUUUUAUCUCAUAGAAGCCCUCUUUCUGAUCGUGGAGUGGAGAUUGGUUCUGAUGCUUCACAAAUAUCUUUAAAGCAGAAACUUCCAUUAGAGGAUGAAACAAGGCAUAAGGUCUCAAAAACUAUUGGAGAAAAUGAGGAUAACGGCAUUCCAAGUACCAGUUAUACUCCUGUACCUUCUAAGUCUAGCGAGGUUGCUGCUAGAAUAUUGCAGCAUCUUGAAAAGUUGACCCCAAAGGAAAAAUCAUCAGAAUCCAUGCUAGCUGCUGUGCGGGAGAAGUUACCUUUGAAAAUGAAACCAAUCAAGCUCCAGGAUGGCCAUAAGUUGGAGGGUUGGCCCAUAGCCGCUUUGCCUUAUGCUCAUGAUUCUACUUCACAAAAGCAAGGGGAAGUAGAAGAAAAUGGCCCAAAAGAGUCUGUUGGUCCAUGUGAUAUGUUGACUCCCGCUGUGAAUAUUGAUACCUCAGUAUCGGUAAACACUUUCAGACCUAUGGGUGAAACUAAUGAUACUGCCCUUAAGACUUUUGCAUCUCAACCUCCCGAAAAGAGACGAUCCUCUAAGAUGAGUGCACACGAGGACGAUAAUAGACAUUCUAAUGGGCGUGUGCUGAAACCAUUAGGUGAUGGGAGAGAAACAGCGGAGAUAGCUCUCAUUGACGGAAAGACUUCACCUGCUGAACUAAAAUCAGACAAAACCACUAUUCAGUUGGAACUGAAGUCAACUUCGGGUCCUUUAUCUAGCAAAAGCAGUGACAUGGAAAGUUCUGGUGUAUUCAUUGUUGGAAAAGAAGGUGCUCUCUUUGCCUCCAGGGCUUCCCAGGCACCAAGCGCAUCCUUCCAAUCAACCUUGCUUCCUCAGUCAGUCUUCAAUUUUGACAAACCGAAAGAAGUGAACAAUUCUACUCCCUCCCUUAGUUUUAGCUCUAAAGUUGAUGAUAGAUCCCCCUCAUUCACGAUUUCAUCCUCGCUUUCUGAAUUAUCAAACAGAAAACCAUUUACUUGGUUGGAAUCUAAACCAGAAAGCUCAAGCAGGUUAGUUACCAUAGUGAGCAAUGUAGCUAACUGCUGUUGAGUUCAACUAAAUAGUUUUUCUUUCUUUCUGGUUCCUCAUGACUUUGUGAUGCCUUUUCUUUGAUAAGUUGGUUGAAAUUUUCAAUUAUAUUUCUUCUUGUUUU